CUGAUUACGCUCGCGCUAAAUUUGUAAAACGCCGAAGAAGAUAGUUGACGCGUCAUUUCCGCAUCCGCUUAAAGAUGGCGUCUGUAAACGCUAUGGACGGCGUGAGUGAAACGCAAACUGGGACAGGGUCUGACAAAAAGCCGGCGGAUGAAGCCGAUCUGCUCACUGUUCCUGAUGGCUGGAAAGAGGCACCAUUCACUAAAGAAGACAACCCCCGCGGUAUGUUGGAGGAGAGCAGUUUUGCUACCCUCUUUCCUAAAUACAGAGAGGCCUAUCUGAAAGAUUGCUGGCCACUCGUCGAGAAGGCUUUGGGAGAACAGUAUGUGAAAGCCUCCCUUGACCUGAUUGAAGGAAGCAUGACUGUUUGCACCACAAAGAAAACCUUUGACCCAUACAUCAUCAUCAGAGCCAGGGAUCUCAUCAAGCUGCUUGCCAGGAGCGUUCCGUUUGAACAGGCUGUGCGGAUAUUACAGGAUGAUGUGGCGUGUGACAUCAUCAAAAUAGGGACCUUGGUGAGGAACAGAGAACGAUUUGUUAAGCGAAGGCAGCGUCUUAUCGGCCCGAAAGGUUCCACCUUAAAGGCUUUAGAACUACUGACCAACUGCUAUGUGAUGGUUCAGGGCAACACCGUGUCCGCCUUGGGGCCGUUCAACGGCCUAAAGGAGGUGCGCAAAGUUGUCAUGGACACCAUGAAAAACAUCCACCCCAUCUACAACAUCAAGACCCUGAUGAUCAAACGAGAACUGUCCAAGGACCCCGAACUCCGCGUGCAGAAUUGGGAGCGCUUCCUGCCCAAGUUCCGACACAAGAACUUGACCAAGCGGAAGGAGCCCAGAAAGAAGAGUGUGAAGAAAGAGUACACUCCCUUCCCGCCGCAACAACCAGACAGCCAGGUCGACAAAGAAUUGGCUUCGGGUGAAUUCUUCCUGAGAGAAAGCGUGAAAAAGAGGGCGAAGAUGGCAGAGAUCAAGGUGAAGCAAGCCGAGGCGCUGACCAAGAAGCAGGAGCAGCGGAAGAAAGCUUUCAUUCCUCCGAAGGAGAAACCCUUACUGAAGAAGACGAAAGCACCCGUGGAAGGCAAGCUGGACAUCGAGGCCAUUAAGGCCAAAGUGAAAAAGGCCAAAACCAAGAAGCUGGGAGCUCCGCCGGUGAGCCCGGCGCCUCCCGUCACCAGCAGCACAAACAAAAAGAAGAAAACCAAGGGCAAAAGCUGAGCGUCACACAAGAACUCUGUCCUGAAUCCCAUGUGAUGUGGUCUUUCCUGGAGUGGGAGAGAGGGGCAAAUGUUCCACCCCCUGUUCUGUCGGGAACUUAUCACAUCGCAAAUAUGAUCCCUUUCGGUUCUCUGUUCAGAUUUUCUCUGCUCUGUAUUUAUCAUGUGAAUCUGUUUCUCUGUGACACUUCUAUUGAGUUAAGAAUAAAUCUCUUUUUAAUUUUUUUUAAUA